AUGGCUAGAUUAAGGGUCUUUGAGCAAAAGAAAUUCAAUCUAAGCCGGGCGCUGACGAUAAGGCUUCUGCUUUCCUGUAUAGGAAGCGCAUCCCAUGUUAUUAAGUCAGCAAACAUUGGUUACUAUGCCUUUGAAGUUUUUCUGGGUGUGGCCCAGGCUGCCUCAUUGGCAGCCGUCUGCAUGUGCGAACUGGCAUACUAUUUUUCAAGCGUGGUAACCGGGGCUCAUGGCAAAAGAGAUCCUCCUGCAGGCAAGCUCAAGUUUCCUCCAUAA